AUGUUGAAAUCAAGAAACAAGAGUAAAAGCAAACAAGAGAUCAAGAAGUCACAAGAAGUGAAGUACCUUGGAGUGAGGAGGCGUCCAUGGGGAAGAUAUGCAGCUGAAAUCAGAAACCCUUUCACGAAAGAAAGACAUUGGCUUGGAACAUUUGAUACAGCCGAAGAAGCUGCUUUCGCAUACGAUUCUGCUGCUCGAUCCAUCAAUGGUUCUUUAGCUAAAACCAACUUCUUCUACACUGAUAACAUCUCUUUACACUCAUCAUUAGACAAAGAUUUUGUUAAACCCAUUGUGUCUUUAGGACCCGAUAUGAGUUUGGGAUCUUCUAGUUUAUGUUUUCUUCAAGAUCAGCCAUUUCAGAACAACCAUUUUGUUUCUGGUCCUGUCUCUUCUUAUUUGCUAGAGCAAGAGUCUUCUGCUAAUCACCCUAACAGUUUCUCACAUUGUUGUAAUGAUGAUCAUGUUGGUAAAAGCAGAGAGGUUUCAUUGCCUUCUUUGCCCAAUGAUAUGCCAAGCAGUUUAUUUGGUCAUCAGGACAACAACGGCGAACACUGCUAUGCAGACAAGAUGCAGAUUUAUUCGGUUCUCAGCGAUGAAGCUCAUUGCUCUGAGUAUGACUUCCUUUUAAGCGACGUGCCCACUUCUCUUCUCAAUGAUGUUAAUGGAGAUCUUCCUCAGGUUAAUGGAUCCUCUUCUUUCAUCUGA